CCUGGCCCAAGGGUGCGCCGAGGCUGUGGAGCCCCGUCGGCCGCGGCGGUUCCCCCCGCACGCCCUCCGGGCCCCGUCGGCCUGGAGGGGGGCAUGGGAGAAGUGCACCUGGAGCCCAGGAACUUGUCCUCCUGCUUCGACGCGGCGGCCCUCGUGUGCGUGACACCCGCAGGGUCGAAGAGCCGCAGGGCCCCCCCGGGCCGCGCGGACGGCUCGGCGCUGCCCUCGCGCGGGUGCGGCAGGCUGUGGGAGCGGCUGGAGCGCGAGAGCCCCGGCGGGGGGCCGCGGGGGGCCAGCGACACGCCGCCGGCGAGGGCUUGCCAGGCUGAGGCGCCCUUCGAGACGGAGGCGAAGGCGCCCCAGGGCCGCGCGCGGCCGCGGCUGGAAGAAGGGCCCGGCACCCCCGCCGCCAAGGACGUCAGGCGCCGCCCCGCCGCGGCCCAGGGGGCGGCUGUCGCCCUGCGCGCCCAGGCGCCCCUGCUGCCCACAAGGUGGCGCCCCUGGCCCCGCCCGGCGGGCCCCCGGCGGCCGGCGGGGCCCCUGGCGGCGCAGCAGAGGCCGCGGUGGCCCACGCGCGGCCGCUGGGCACCAAGCGGGCGGCCCCGGCGGCGAAAGGCGCCACAGAGGCCGCCGCCAAGCGCAUGCGGCGGCCAGCGGCUGCGGACGCCGAGGGCAAGGGCCCGUCAGCGCCAGCCGCCGCGCCCCAGCCCAAGCGAGGCGCCGCCGCCCCGAAGGGCCAGGCGCAGAAGGGCCAGGGUGCCGGGCGCCCCAGCCACGACGCCGCGGGCAAGUAGGCCGGGCAGCGCGGAGGUCCGCGGCACGCGGCCGCGCCGCCCCCGCGCGCCCGAAGGGGGGGGCUGCCGCUGCUCCGCCGGGGAAGGCGGAGCGGGGGCGCUCCGCGGUGGCUGCGCCAGAGGGCCUUCCCCCCCCCGCACACCUUUUUCCCCCAAACCUCGAC